CUUGAGUUAGGAGUGUUGGACCGACAACCCUGUUCGUUUUUAAACCGGAAGUGGUAACAAGAAGAGUAAUAUUUGUCUCUGUCUCCUAAGGAGCUUGCGUGGGUGGAAUUCCCGACGGCGCUUGUUCGGUGGUUUUUGUCGUCGCUCUGGAAUCGUCGAUGCCCGGUUCUCGAUGGCUGAGAAGCCCACGACUACAGUUUCCAGUCCAUAGCCAGCCCUACUCGGCAUUGCCAUGAACCGUGGCCCGCAGCUGAUUGCUUUCACUCGUGCCCAGGAUGAAUCGGAUCUCUGGCGAGAUGGGCACGUUCAGAAGAAAAGCCGCCAAACCACGCCUAUGGCUGGCCAGGGGGGAGGGAGCACGGAUGGAGAAACGGCGCGCAGCUUCUAUGAGAGUCUGUUACUCUCAAGUGCUCCCAGGAAAGCCUCACAGAGGAAACGCAAGUUGCCUUCUGCACGCCUACCAGCACAGGAGGCCGUUCGCACCCAGAACCACCCUACACAGACGGACACCCGCAAAGGAAACCAGCUCUUGAAAGCGGCCCAAGAUGGGAACCUGAAGGCCCUGCGGGCACUGGUAGAGAAGGACGGGUGUGACGUGAACUAUAGGGAUGAUUACUAUUGGACAGCCACAAUGUGUGCUGCUUAUGCUGGGCAGGCGGAGGCUGUAAGGUAUCUCCUGAGCCGCGGCGCUGCCUGGGUGGGGGUGUGUGAGACUCAAGGCCGGGAUGCGGUGGAUUUGGCGGAAGAAGCGGGGCACCAGAAAGUGGUGGAAGUCCUCCAGGGAAGCGGAAGGCCCCGUGUGAAGGAGGAGCCCUCCAAUCCGCAAACACCGCCUGAGAGAAGAUUCUGUGCCGUGUGCCAGACUCACUACAGCGAGGACACGGUGGCCAUCCACGAGCGCUCCACCGCCCACCUUUUCAAUCGGCGCGAUCCCCUCCCCCCGACACGGUACCACAUCCCCGAGAACAAUGUGGGCUUCCGGCUGAUGGUCAAGGGGGGCUGGGACCAGGAAGCCGGCUUGGGACCGGAGGGCGCCGGCCGCAAGUUCCCCGUCCAGACCGUCCUCAAGCGAGACCAGAAGGGCCUGGGCUUCCACAGUGACCUCAAGCCCAAGGUGACCCACUUUGACGCCCACGACCGUAGCGCCGUGGAGCAGCCCAAAGGCCAGCGGCCCCGGACGGAAAGGGCCGCCACGGUGGGGAGACGGGAGGCUCGGCGUCGGGAGGCCAAAGCUGAAGCUUGGGAACGCAACCUCCGCACUUACAUGAACCUUGACCUCUGAACGCUUGCUGGCAGCGGAGCAUCGUGUUGCGUGCACGACCAGCUACGCCUUCCUUUGCCUCCGUUAGAGGCUUGGGAUUGGGCUGUGUGAAAGAGAGAUCUGGAAGGGGAGGAAGCCGGGGACAGCUUUCCUUUGGCAGCCACAGAGAGGGGUGCAGCAGUGAUCAUCGCCCCGCAUGCCUUUGAAGUAGGGUGGACUUCUGUGCUCAGCUUUAAAAGUGGAUCAAUAAAUAAUGGGUCAACAUUAGCAGAAGGAGUCUUGGGGGUUUGUGGUAGUGCUCAAAUGCUUCUCCCGUGUCCAGGAAUACCACCUUGAGUCUCCCCUCUGUCACACUUGCCGAUAGCCCGAUGACUCCAGAUAGAGCAGCUACCAGGAAGCUGCCAGAAUCCUUUUAAG